AUGCCCCUCUCCCGUAAAAAGUCGUGCGUCCGGUGUAGGGAAGCAAAGACACGCUGCAAUCAGGUCCUGCCAACCUGCUCCCGGUGCCUCGACAAGAAUGUGCGGUGCGUCUACGAGUCCGAACGUCUCGCCCCUUACCCUCAGGCGAGCCCUCGCCCUGCACAGCGUCUGCAGACUCCGAACAGGCUCCAUUCGAGCCCCAUCGAUGACAUCUCCCCUGGCGACAUAUUCCCGACCGGAGAGCCCUCUCCCCCUCCGGCUUGGAACUCGACAACUGGCGUGCUGCAUGGUGUGAACGAGUCCAGCCCGCCCAGUGGCAUACCCCUGGAAAUCAUAAAGGAAGUCGAGCAGAACGUCAACGAGGACCUCUGGCUGCUUGAGCAAGCCGAAAAUGCUCGGAAGCAGAAGAACAUGCAGCUUGUGACAGCGCCGGAUAGUUCUCUACUGGGCAAGGCCUACUCCCGGCGCAGGAUAGGCGGCCAGGAUGUACUGGCGUCGGUUGUCCUUGGCCAGCUCAAGAGCUACCCGCGGAUGCUCAUAGAGGGAGAUAAGCUCCCUCCGUUCAUACAUCCGCGGUGUUAUUUGGACGAGGAGCUGGGCCCCGCCUGCCGUGUCAGUGGGCGACACGUGUGCUUUUCCACGGAGCUGUCGAUAUGUGUGAGCUUGGUGCAGAUGUUUUACUCGAAGAGUUCGAAGAAUUCGGAAUUUGUGUGGAAAACAAUACACGACGAAGGGGAACGGAUUGUACAACAGUACGCGUCUUUUACUAGCCAGCAGCAGCUUGAGGGUCUGCAGUCCGUAGUGAUCCUCUUACUCCUACAAGCCGAAGAUCCAGCGUCUGUCGAGAAAACUGGAGGUUUACAUCUCGUGAGAAUAGUGACUAAGGACGUUGCAAUGCUGACCUUUGAUCAGGGACUUGUCGGACAACUCGUUCGGUAUCACUCGUGGCGCUCUGAACCGGAAAACGAGCGACCGCGAAGAGCCGAUUGGAUUUGGAGAGAGAGUAUUCGAAGGCAAGUCAUCUUGACGAACAUACUCACUUCGCUCGCCACUAUUUCCUCGACUGACUCGACUGCCUUAGUUCUAAGCGUUGUUGACUUUUUGGUUGAGGGCAUGAUGGGACCGGGCGGAAGCAGUUGCAGGGCAAGCGAGACGUUCCAGAAAUCAACGCUCCCUUGUGGUCGUGAUUUAUGGGAAGCGCGCAGUACGAGAGCCUGGAUGGACUCCUACGAUUCUCUCAUCAACAACGAGGGCAAAUGCCCGUUUCUCAAAAUCCAAGACUUAAUAGUGGCGACUGGCGAGAGGGAGUGGUUGAUCUCCCCGGAGAGUUCUCAUGACGAGCAAGACAAGCAAUUUGCUAUCAUGAGAUGGUGUGAAAACAUGGAAUCUCUCGGGAAGCUCAUCUGGAUGUCCUUGCCCUUACACUUGUCAAUUGUCAAGCACGAGGCUCGCACGAUUAUCUCAAGCACAUAA